AUGGCUGGGCCCACGCAGCGCCGGUCCAUCAAGCAGCAGGGCAGGGAGGCGGCCGUCGACGCCCUCCGAAAACGAUGCUUCGAUCGCGUCCGAGCCGGACGUGAGUCACUCCUGGACAGCUUGCGCGGUUUGGCUGCGGACAGUCCCCACGGCACAGAAGGACAGCUUCGCCAGCUGGCGCACGAAGUCCUUCAGGACGUGCCGCCAGACGACUGGCUUGACGAAGAGGCCAUGAUUGCCCUGGAGCAGGAAAUCUACGAAGAGCUCUGUGCCGAAGUGCAGCGAGCACAGGAUGAGGCACAGCGGCUCGAGGACUUGCAGAAUGAAGAGGACUGCGCUUUGUUCGAGCAGCACCUCUUGCCGGGAGUGCAUUGCCCACUUUGCGGAGAUGGGCGGCUGCAGAACGAUGCAGGCCUCGUGUCAAAUGUUCUGCUGAAGGUCAUAGCAGUAGCAGGCGAGUGUACCACUGUCCUUGUGCUCGACACACCACUCGUCGUGUUCGUCAUGAGAUGA